UGGUCGCUGUCAUCGUUCAGGUGGAAUCUGCGCAGCUCGGUGUCAGUGUAGAGACACAUCUGCACCACAGCUGUUUGACACAGGGCAACAACCACAGGGAAGAAAACCAGCAUCUCUCUCCCUGUGAUUUCACUUCAUCAUCACCACUUUGUUGCGACUUGAUGCAAGAUGAUGAGGAUGAUGAUGAGGAUGAUGAAGGUGGAAUGAAAGCAGAACAUUCAUCAGCUGGACUAACAACAACAAUGGUGCUGUCAGACUGGUUCAGCUGGAGCCGCGUGUGAUGCCACUCAGUCCCCGGAGGCAGUGACUCCAGCGGCGGCUUCCGACAAGCGAAGAGGACGUAAUCCUCUCUGCUCCCUGCGGAUCUUUUCUCCGCCUCUGGCUCACGUCGCACACUUUGGCCGCGAUGGACGAGGGAGCCGCCGGCGAGGCCGUCCCCGAUCUGAGAGACAUAGAGGUGAAGAUCGGCCGGAAGACCCCAGAGGGUUUGCUCAGGUGUCUGCGGGAAGAGGCGUCCUCUCACCGGGGAGACGCCAAGCUGGCAGCCGCGCACGACUCCGGUGCCAAGGAGACGGGGAGGAAGAGUUUGGAUGAGAAGAUCAGGAAACUGAAGAUGGAGAUGGCCCACUUGCGCUCAGUGGACGUGAAGAUCCUGCAGCAGUUGCUGGCGGUGCAUGAAGGCAUCGAGGCAGUGAAGUGGCUGGAGGAGCGCAGCACGCUGACCAGCCGGUGCAGCAGCCUCACCAGCAGCCAGUACAGCCUGGGCGAGGGCCCCGACACGUCCUGGAGAGGCUCCUGGAGCAGCCUGCAGGACCCCAAUGACAAGCUGGACAACAUCUCCAUCGGCAGCUACCUGGACACCCUGGCGGACGACAUGGACGAGUACUGUCCAUCAAGUUCGGAGUCGGUCAUCUGCUCCACCAUUCCGCUGGUUUCAGAGGCUGCCCCUGGGGGCCGGACAGGGGGAGGCCUCGUGGCCCCGGUCACAGCAGCUGGAGCUGGGUUAGGGGUGAGGUCUGUCACUGGGGCUGCUGUUGGGAUUCAGGCUGGGACAAAGGAGAAUGGAGUUGGGGCUGGAAAUGGGACAGAGGUGAAAGGUACACUAGGGACUGCGGUUCCCAGUGCUGUCACUGGGACUGCAGCUGGAAAACCAGCUGUUACCAUCAACUCUGCUCGAGCCAAGUCUGAGGGCCCCAAGCAGGACGCUCCGGUGUGGACCAAGGCUGCAGAGACGGGCAAAGGAAACCCUGUUAAAAAGGACAAUAUCAAGGCACAAUCCAUCAAGGUUAACGGUGUCCAUGAGAAACCAUCGGCACAAACUGGAAGCCCGACCCGCCCCAGUCUCACUGAGAGACAGGCAACCAGCCAGAGCCCCAAACUCAAACCUUAUAGAAAUGGAAAAAUCGAGUUGGAUAGUUGCAAAAUGAACGGCAAAAUGCACAUGGAGUACGACGCGCACUGGCGCUGGGUGCAGUCACAAGAAGAUGUGACGUUUUUGUAAGAAGGUUAAUAACAGACGGGACUAAAUUCACUUUUGACUCCUUCCUGUGUAACGUCAAAGGUUAGAAGAGGAGUGAACUGCUGUUGUGAAGUACAGAUAAUGAGGGUUUCUUUGGUGAAAGACACUGGGUUUAAAAGACAAAGACGAACGUUUCUGUUCUAUUCUUCCCUCUAACAGCACUAACUUUCUAUAAAACAUUGAUGUCAGUAUUGAGAUGGAUGCACAUUACAGGACUUUAACCAUCGUCAGUUAAAGCGGGGCUGCCUCAAACAAACCUAGGACAAUUUACAAAUCCUGUGUCAUAGUUUUUUCUCAGGGUCUUUCUUUGCAUUCCCUGAUUUUUAUUCUAUUUUAUUUUAUUUUAUUUCCCCUAGAAAUAAAGCACAGAUCACAUAUGAUGGAGAACAGAGCAGUAUCAACCAAUGAACAUUUCAAGAUUAAAAUUUUAAUUUAACUUUCUCAUAUUCGCCCAAUUAAUAAUUCCCCAGAAGUAAAAAUACUAUAAACUCUAAACCCUUAAAACAGAGAUGGCUCUUAAGUAAACUGCAUGUCCUGUUAGUUCCCUACCAUUUAGUUUUGAGCCCUGAAAGUGAAACAAAUGUGGCCUCUCACUACCGAUCAUGGCCUCUAUAGUUUUUUAAACUGAGGAUUAAAUUUCCUUUCUGGAUUUUUUGUUUAAUUCAAAGUCAUUUAAGAAGAAGAAAGGAGACGAUCUAGGAUUUAACGAGAAAAAAAGAAGAAGCUAAAAAAUAGACGUCUGUCCCAUUAAUGUCUGGAACACAAUUAAUCAUAGACAAUGUGACUGUACACUUCCAAUGGUUAUAGCCAGUAUUGCUUGUUCAAGUAUUAGCAAACAAAGUGAAAUACAAGUAAAUCUGUGUGUUUCUCCCUGAAAACGUCCCCAAACAACAGUAGAUGAGAAGAAACACAUCGAGGACAGAGCACUGAGAUUAGCUCAGUUGUUAGCUGUUAGCAUCGGUGUCUUUGUUGAGCUUCAAUGAUGAACUAAUCCUCUGCAAUAUUGUAUAUUCAUUGAAUCGCAAUACAGCUACUCUGUGCACCAGGUACUUAGACGUGACUGGUUGUACGCAAAUACUGAAUAUGGCUGAAUAUUUGUUUUGAUUUGGUAAUCUGUGUUAGUUUUGAACUGCAGAUGUUGUGCCUGAUUGGUGUAAAACGUUACUGCGUAGUAUGCCUGUGCUUUCCCUCCUGAGAUGAGUGCACUGUCGAUAUGAUAAUCUGUGUUUUGUUGGCCGAUUUUUUCAAAAAUGAUAUCUGGCCACUACUUUGCGUGUGCAAAUGGUAAAUGUUGCCGGGUGGUAAAUGUGUUGUGUUGGCUGCGUGGAUAUUUGCAUGCCCUGCGCCGAGAGCUUUAUCGGCCGAACUGUGAGAAAUCGCGCAGAAAAGCAAUAUUUCCUGAAGACUUUCGACUGGUUUGCUCUUCUCAGCAAAUGAAAACGGACAUUUUUGUUCAGGAGUUCGGAAGACUACUGACAGGGAGUGUGUGUGUGUGUGUGUGUGUGUGUGUGUGUGUGUGUGUGUGUGUGUGUGUGUGUGUGUGUGUGUGUGUGUGUGUGUGAGACAGACAGACACCGACUGCCUGAGCACAGCCGGCCUGUCAGGUUCGGAUAAGAAUAGACGAGUCCCAAAGGUCUUCAAGCGUUUCCAUCUCACUCACCACAUCGUUACUACACCUCGUCCCAGUCUGCAAUAAGUCACUUUAAUGCAGCAGGAGUAGUGGAAAACAUCUAAUAAAUACAGGACAUAUUACAUAAUCAUAACUGUGGAAAAAACAAAGGUUUGGCACAACCCUCCCUGUCUUAGCACGUCAAGCUAACCUCGAAGUGAAUUUCUUUCUUUCCUUAUGUGGACUUCUGAACUGCUCUUUGUUCUUAGUGCUGGGAAAUUGUUUGAAUCUUUCAGUUCUCGUGCCAGUGCAGCAUGUGCAGCGAUCAGCUUUGACACUGAUACAGAGCAAAUGUUUUUUUAUCCUCAGAACAGACACGUUAGGUCAGAGGCCUUUUUAAUGCAAGCAUUUCCUGCAUGUUUAACCUCCUAAUCGACCAUUAGCUCAGCCAUCCCCUCUUAAUUUCUUGUUGUUCCAAUUACCAGUGAUUUUUUGUUGCAUGGUACACGUACUUGAUAACGGGUCAGAUUACCUAAUAAUGUGGCGUAAUAUUUGAGAAAAUGUGUCCAGAAUGUCAGACAGUGGUGAACAAAAGCAGGUUGUCUUGCCGGCAAACAAAGGCUUUGAGGAGAAUGAUUGAGAGAUGUGUUUGGCAAACGUAAUCGUCGCUGAGAAAUACAAAUGGUGGAGUUGCUGCAGGGGAAAACUUCUCCAAAUCCAGUAUAGAGCAAAGCAGUGGAGCGAGGGGUCAGAUUAACUCGAAAUUUGUAGUAAUAUUUUGAAGCCAUGGAUCACAAAACUUGGACAGGUUUCACAUUUCUUACAGGCAAACGUUCAUUUUGAAAUUCCUGGUGGUUCCUAGUUUCUCGUACUGUGCCGAUAAGGUUUCUGAGUUGGUUUCUGAGUAGGUUUAUGCAGGAAAAAUGGUUUUGAAUCUGCACCUGAUGGCUCGAGGCUGAAGAGUCCUAAAAUCAGAUGUUAUGGAUUUGUUGUGAAAUACAAAGACAGUUUAGCUAAACUUUGUUUAACUUCAUGUGACAAAGGCUUUGAGGAGAAGACAAGAGAUGUUUGGCAAAUGUAAUGUGGGCUGAGAAUAAAGCUGGGUGGAGGUACACCUGCCAGUCUUUUUGGUGUUGCAUGGUACAUAUAGUAGUUAAUGGGUCAGAUUACCUUGAAAUCUGUAGUAAAACCUGUGUACUUUGCUUUGAUAUGCAGUUAAAUCCAAAGCUCGACAGUUUCCUGACAUCUUUACUUCAACAGAGAGGUUCAGUGAACAUUCAUGGCUGUUUGGAUCUGGUUCCUUCACCAGUUAACUGCCACAAUGCUUCCAUAAGUAGUUUAUAAAACGUCAACUUGGAGUCAACUCGCUCGCUGCACAGAGUUUUUAUCUCCACAGGCAGCUACAGAGAGAUGUUAAACUCGGCAUCUCCAUAAGUUUGAACCACUGAAGUGUUUCCUCUCUCCUCCUACGACCUCCUCCUGCCUUUCUUUUCAUCCCACUUUCCACCACCGCACUGCCUGGAUGGAAAUGUUCGCUCUGUGCCAACACACACAUCACGCACACACAAUGCCCUCACCGGAGACAGCACCAUAAAACCAGCAGAAACAGGCGAGGAAAAGUGAGCUGAGACUGGACCUUGGACUCUUGGACGAGUUGGAACAAUCUUUCCCUUCGCGCUCAACACAAAUAGAACAUCUACCGUUCUCUGGAUGAGUAUUUCAGACACCAUCCUGCCGCGGUGAAGACGUGAAGUCAUUUGAAGCCUCCCUCCCUUUUUAACAUAUGUGCUGGCUGUAAACCAGUAUCGCAUGCCAAGGAGAGACUGCUCUGCUGGUUUGUGGUUUUCUUUCCAAAUUAGCUCAACCGUAUAGGGAGAAAAAAAGCAUUUUAGUGCCGGGAACAAACCUGUAAAACACAUUACAUCAAGCUAUAGUGUGUCUCUCUGAAGAUAAACUGUGGCCCCUGAUUCUUUAAUGUGUUUCCACAGGGCACAUCCAGUCUAAAAUUGGAAUAUCAACGUUGUUUUAACAGCUCUUCAGUGCAGAUUUGAGACAGACUAGGUGCCAGGAUGAAUUGCUUGUGGUCUGAAAGAGAGGGAUGAUAAGAAGGGAAGUGUUACAAUCUGGCACGGUGGUGGAACAAAUAUCCCUUCAUUACUUUGCAGACUUUUUAGAAGGUUAAAAAAAAUUCAGCAAACUCGUUUCGUUUUUGUCUCCGUUUGUGACGUCCAGGAUUUAUCAGAUGCCCAGUGCAUGAUGUCGUUCAUGUUUUAGGUGCCAGUCCCUCCAGCUAUUCUGGGCACAGGACAAACAGCGUGAUUACAAAGGACGAGUGGAUAUCCUCACGGUUGUCAUGACAAUCAGUGCUGCGAGAAGCGGAAAUCUGGAGCCGCCCAUUCAACCCAGGCCAACCGUCCGGUGUUAGCUUCAGAUGAUAGUUAUGUAUCUGAAGAUCGGUAUUUUGAGCAUUUCCAUGCAGGUUUUUUCCUUUUCACCGCUGCACCUUAAAUCACUGAACAUUCAGUUCUUACUAAAACCCAGUUUGCUUUCCUUUCUCUCCCACUGCUUCAUUCAGUGUCUGUCUCCGUUUACCUCUGUUUACCUUUGCUUGCCAGUUUUGGCCCUUUUUACCCCCGAGAAGCUGAAACACAGACUGUUUGUGUCUCUCCGGUGGCAGAGUGCAUUGUGGGAGAACGUGAGCCGGGCAGUGCAGCAAACCGCAUGCAGCUGUAAAGCUUCCGACCCGGUGCCCCGCUGUUUUCUUCCUUCCUCUUGUACGUACACAAACGCACACACAAGCACAGUUUAGCCUGGCACUCACGUGUCUGUAGAUACCUGAUCGCUCCUCAGAGGGAGCCAUUAUUAUGCAUUUCCUUCCCCUUGAUUCUUAUUUAUAUUUUAUCCCUGUGUGUGUGUGUGUGUGAGUGUGUGUGUGUGUGUGUCUAAGCUUAGAGGAUCUGAAAAUAAAAGCCACAGAGCGACUGCAGCACACUGGAUCAGUCAAAAUCGAUAUCUUGCUCGAGUGAGUGGAACUUUUUUUUUUUGUCUUCAUCGCGAGCUGCAUUUUUAUUAUUUUGUUAUGCAAUGCGCCCUGAGAAAUGUUUUUUUUAUUCUUUGUAAAGUGGAAAUGUUCGUUGAUGUGGAGAAUUAUAUUAUGCAGUGUAUAAAUUAUACGAGCUUAUCCAAUGAAUAAAGGUAUUUUAAAUGUU